UUAGUAACAGAGUACAGCAUGGAGGGAAGGAAUGGGGCCACAGAGAUGCAGGCAGAGCCCAUGCUGAAUGCUUUGGAUAUCUCAGAGGAACCCACAAGGGCAGCUCAAAACACAAAAGAGAAGAAAUCUGGCAAGUGGAAGGUCGUGUCUUUGGUUAUCUGUGUGUGCUUGUUAACUGCAAUCCUUGGCUGUAUAUUCGGACUUAAACCAAGCUGUUCAAAAGAAGUAAACAGUUGCAAAAAUCGAUGUUUUGAAAGAAAAUUUGGAAGCUGCCGUUGUGAUGUUGGUUGUGUGGAGCUUGGAAACUGCUGUUUAGAUUAUCAGGAUGUCUGCAUACAGCCAGGUCGUACUUGGAUGUGUGACAAGCUAAGAUGUGGCGAGAAAAGAUUAGCAGGGAGUCUGUGCUCUUGUUCAGAUGAUUGCAAAGAAAUGCAGGACUGCUGUGUUAAUUAUGACUCUCUUUGUAGAGGAAACCAAAGUUGGGUGAAUGUGGACGUAUGUGAAGAUAUUGUAACACCACAAUGUCCACCAGGGUUCUCAAAGCCCCCCGUGCUCCUGUUCUCGCUGGAUGGCUUCAGGGCAGAAUACUUACAUACAUGGGAGGGACUCCUUCCUGUCAUUAGCAAACUGCGAAAAUGCGGAACAUAUACCCGUGCAUUAAGGCCUGUAUAUCCAUCAAAAACAUUUCCCAAUCACUACAGUAUAGUAACAGGCCUUUAUCCUGAAUCCCACGGUCUAAUUGACAAUAAAAUGUAUGAUCCCAAGAGAAAUGCCCUUUUUACAUUGCGUAACAUAGAGAAAUCUAAUCCUUCAUGGUACCUAGGAGAACCGCUAUGGAUAACUGCAAUGAAUCAAGGAUUAAAGACAGCCACGUUUUUCUGGCCUGGGUCUGACGUGAAGAUUAAUGGAUCCUAUCCAAAUUACUAUAAGCUUUAUAAUGGGUCCAUUCCAUUUGAAUAUAGGGUCAUGACUAUUCUUAAAUGGCUGCGGCUGCCUGAAAAUGAAAGACCACACUUUUACACUCUGUAUUUAGAAGAACCUGAUUCCUCGGGGCAUGGCCAUGGUCCAGUGAGUAGUGAGGUGAUAAAAGCACUAAUGAAUGUAGAACGCAUAGUUGGAAUGUUAAUGGAUGGCCUAAAGCAGAUGCAACUAGACAGAUGUAUUAACAUCCUCCUUGUGUCAGAUCAUGGCAUGGAAGAAUCCCGUUGUGAAAAUGUUGUGUUUCUUCAACCGUCGUAUCUUAAGCCAUCCAAAGAAUACAUAGUGAUUGCCGGUCCAGCUGCCCGCCUGAGACCUACUAACCUGCCAGAUGAGUAUUUCACUUUUGACUACGAAGGUGUUGCUAGGAAUCUUACGUGCGGGUGGAAUGACCAGCCUUUCAAAGCAUUUCUUAAGCAUCAUUUGCCAAAACGCUUUCACUAUGCCAAGAAUGACCGGAUUGAAACUCUUCACAUUUACACCGAACCAAAAUGGCAGGUGGCUCUGUCAAAAGGUGAAGCAAAAUACUGCAAUGGUGGAUUUCACGGAUCAGAUAAUCGUUUUCAAAGCAUGCAAGCACUUUUUAUUGGCUAUGGGCCUGCAUUCAAGACUAAAACAGAAGUUGAACCUUUUGAAAAUAUAGAAAUCUAUAACGUAAUGUGUGACUUAUUGGGCCUUGUACCUGCACCUAAUAAUGGAACACAUGGCAGCCUUAACCAUAUCUUGAAACAACCUGUUUAUAAGCCAUCCUUGCCCAGAGAGGUAUCAGAUCCCCUGCAGUGUCCACUUAUUAAGAGUGGACAGGAUAAUGGCCUUGGCUGCUCUUGUGAUUCAUCUGAUCUGACAGUUGAUGGGUUUAAGAAACAAAUAAUCCUUACUUCUUUGGAAGAAGCUGAAACAGCAAAACAGAACCUGCCGUUUGGAAGGCCAAGAGUUUUACAGAAUAGCAGCUAUUGCAUCCUUUACCAUGACCAGUACAUCAGCGGGUACAGCUUCGAUACUCAUAUGCCACUGUGGAACGCAUAUACAUUAGGAAAAAAUGACUAUUCAGCCAAGUCUGUGGAAAAUGAGACUUCAUGUAUUUUUGUCGAUAUACGGAUCCCAUCUGUUUAUAGUCAAAGUUGUCAUUAUUACAAGAGCCAUUAUUCUCUGAAAUAUGGAUUUCUUUUCCCUUUUGUGUCUUCUAGAAAUAACUCUUAUGCUGGUCGUGUCACUAGCAAUAUUGUUCCAAUGUAUCCUGCAUUUAAAGUAAUAUGGAAUUAUGUACACACUGUUCUCUUAAGGAAGUAUGCCAAAAAGAAAAAUGGUAUACAGGUUAUAAGUGGCCCCAUAUUCGAUUAUGAUUUUGAUGGUCUUGCUGACUCUGGAGAACAGAUUUCACAAGCAACAACUGACAGUGGUGUGUAUAUUCCGACUCAUUAUUUCAUCAUAAUCACAAGUUGCAAAAACAUUUCUCAAACUCCUUUGGAAUGCAAAGGUCCACUUGAAGUCCUAUCAUUUGUUGUCCCACACAGGGAAGACAACAGCGAAAGUUGUGAGAGUGACAAAGAUGAAUCCUUAUGGGUCGAAAAGUUAUUUUAUUUCCAUGCAGCUCGAGUGAGAGAUAUCGAACUUCUGACUGGACUUAGUUUUUUUCAUAAUACAAAGAAUUCCGUUGCUGACAUUUUACAACUCAAAACAUUUCUACCUAAUUCUUUAUGAAGGAAAGAUUGUUUAAAAUAUAUUGGUAAGCUGUACAGAGUAAUUGUUUAGUGUAUGCCGACAAUGAA